AUGGGACAAGAUAAACAAGUCAAGAAAGUUUCUCAAUUAUAUGAGCAGAAUACUAUCAUUUUGGCUUCAAAUCAAAAUGAAAAUCUUGCUGAGAUAGAGAAAGAGAAAAGACUUGCAUUGAUAAAAUCAUGGGAAGAUAACGAGAAGGCAAAAGCUCAAACCAAGGCUUACAGAGAACUUUGCUCCAUUGAAUCAUGGGAGAACAACAUGAAGGCAAUUCUAGAGUUAGAUUUGAAAAAAAUGGAGGAGAGUUUAAAAGUGGAGAAAGCUGAAUAUUCAAAAAGACUCAAGAAAAAAAUACCGGAAAUUGAAAAAAUUGCAGAAGCUAAACGAGAAAAAAUAGAGAAACAAAAGGUGCAAGAAUCUAUCAAAGUGAAGAAAAUGAGUGAGAAGCUAAGUGCAACUCCAAGUGCCUAUCCACCCAAUACCAAAAUAUGUGGAUGUCUCUAG